AUGGAAAUUAAAGGUAACAAGGUGUGGCUACUUCGCUUUUAUGUUUUCAUGAAUUAAAUUUGCCCUCGUUUAUUCUACCAAAGUUGGCCGUAAUGUCACAAUCUGAUUAGCCAAUUUUCCCUUGUCGAUUAGAGUACAGUCAACGCUGGUUGCGUCAAUGAGUCAUGCAAUGCCUUUAUCUUGGUCACGCAAAAUAAAAAUCACCUCAUGAGUUCGCAACAUUUUGACGGCUGUGAUCACGGUUAUCGUCGUCGAUAAGAAUACCGACCACGCAAAACCAUUGUCGAUUUGUCAAAUUGAUGAUACUGAAAAUUAAAGGUGCAAUUGUUGUGAAAUUUGCAGUUAACCAUGAAUUCGCUUUUAUGGUUCUCUAGAGAUUAAACAAUGAAAGGUUUUUGUUACCUAUGGAUCAGAAAUAAACACAAAAUGAAGACAUUAGGAAAGGAAUUGAAUAAAACCUGUUAUUCUCUUGCCCCCAAACAUUCAGACUCCUAAAUUUGUGGCUUCUUUUCUGUCAGCCCUCUUUGAUAAAAUGUUCCGAUAUAAUAUUCGAAGUCGACUGUUUUCCCGUGACUCCGUCUUCUCUUCUCUAUAAUUUAUACCUUUAACUGCAAUUUUUCCCAAUAAAAAUUUUUUUUUCACGACUCUUAGCCUUGAAGCAACAGAGGUGACCAUAAUUUUCAUUUGCGUGUUGAAAAUUCAUCCAUUUUUUUUUUUUUUUAUCUGUUCAUUCAUUUAUCUAAAUCCAACUACUUUUCAUUUUUAAUAGACAACAUUCCAUUACCAAUACCAACUUUGGAGUAACAAGGAGAGCUUGAACUUAUCGGAGGGUGAAAUUGGGUUUCACUCAGAAGAGACCAAGCUACCGUCCUACCGGAAAACAUCCUUCUCUAAGAUCUGUAUCGAUAUCAAGACUGACGAACAGAUCAGGUUCAAUGUCAUCCAUUAGAAAGCCAGUUCUCAGUACUCACUGAUCGCUGACGGGAAAUUCCACCAACUUCCUUAG